AAAGGCGAGUAGGAGAAAGACAUGAUUUUAAUGUGUAGUCGCGUUUGAGAAAUGUGAAAAAGGGAGAGAGCCAAAGAAAAGGAAACGCCAACCCUAUGCUGUGGUUCUUCUUUGUAAAAGCGUUCUAUAAAAACCAACGUAAUUUUAAAUCCCACCAAUCAACAUUCAUCUCCGAAACCCAUCGGAAAAGUGCUUUUUCUUAAUUCUUCUUCUUUCAAUUCCACUCUAGGGUUUGUUCUUUUUUCUUCUUCCUUCAAUUUUAUUUUCUUACAUACCCUGGGCCAUGGAAUCGCAUGUGCAAUUCAGCGAAACAGGGCCGUUUUGGACCAAUGAGAAGCACAUGCACUUCUUGAAUUCCAUGGAAGCUUCUUUUGUCCAAUCAAUGUUCGAAAAUCGCAACCAUCAUCGCCGCCGUCUACGGCUGGACCGCCACUUGCCGGACACCGCUGACUCAACCCUAGAUUCCCCUCAGAAGGACGACACCAAAAACCAUGCCACCUCUGAAGCUGUUAGAAUCAACGGUAGAUCUAGCAGGAGAUCAAGAAGGAUAUCAUCUCUACCGCACACUUCAACUCAAGAUCAGGUGGUCCCACAGAUUGAAAAGAGAGCAGUUGAGGAUGAAGAUGAGAGAGACCAUCCCAUGUCACCUGUCAACUGAGAAAAUAUAUUAUUAUUGUAUUGUUUCUUUUGCAUUUUUUUUUUUUUCACUUUGUUUCUUCUUUUAAUCUUUAUGUCAUUUCACUUUAGUUUGUUCAUCUUUAAUUAAUGAUUGUGCGAAAAAAAAGGUCUAAUUGAGAUAUUAGUGAAUUUGAAUGGGUGGACGGAUUAAUUUAAUUGGCUACUUAAUUUAAGUUUA